GCCGCCAUCGACUCAGUCACCAUGUCGAUGCUUGGAGGCACUGCAGGCGGCACCAGUGCUCCAGCACAGCCUAAAGCUCCAGUCCUGGCAGCGGCACCGCCUCCUGUAACAAAGCCGUCGUUGGCCGCGAGCCUUGACGCCUUAGGAGCCGCAUGCAUGGCAGCAUCUGCCCCUUCCACAAUGCCAAGUCCGCCUAACAUGCCAUCCACGAGUUCGGCCAGCGCCUCGACGAAUGGCCUGGGCUCGGCAUCCCAACAUCCAGGCUCCGUCCAGUUUCCGCCCCCUGCACCGACUCUGCCAGGUGCGGCUUUGGUGGCCGAACAACCACAUCAGAGCGAUCUUUCGGCCGCUGCAGGCCUGCCAGGCUUGCCAGGCCUGCCGAGUCUUUCAAUAGGCGGGAGUUUACCCUCCUUGCGCCCUGCGCUGCGCGGGCUCACGGAGCACACUCCCAAGGCAUCCGCCUUGUUGCCGGGCACGUGUCCAGCAGCAGGCAGUCAAUCCGAGCAGGAGCUGCAAGCAAGAAUCCAGGCCAUGGCAGCGGGCAAGCUCAGCGCUUUAGAGGCAGUGGCCGGCAUCCAGGCACCACCGGACCCUGGACCAUCGGCACCACCUGUUCCUAUGCCGACACUGCCCCAGCUGGACUCGCUGGGUGCGGCCACUGGCGAUGCCCAGUUUGGACAUUCGCUGGGGCUGCCAACCACAGGCAGCGUGCAGCCAUCACGCGCUGUCGCCGCGCCGGCUCCUCCUGAAAGCGGCGAGAGCACGGCAGCUUCGCAGAUGUACAUGCUGGCGCAGCUAGCAGAGGAGUCUGCACAAACUGCGGCCUCUGCAGCUGCGUGCUUGAAUGGAGCAGAGUCGCAGUCUGAUCCAAGCCAAGUUGCCGCCAUCGCGGAGGCUGCGCAGCAGGCGGCAGCAAGGGCCUCUUGGGCUUCUAGCACUCUGGCGACUUGUUUUCCGGAGCCGUUUCCCGGACAGCCGCCUGAGGACGACUGGACCGCCAGUCUCAGAACAGUCACGUUCCAAGCCUCCGAGGCCGCCGAGCAGGCAGCCAUAAACUGUCGACUCCAGGCCACAGACUUAGUCAACAAGAUGUCGGGACAGGCUGGAAAGUCGAAGGUCCCCUGCAAGUGGUUCUUGCUGGGCCAGUGCAGGAAGACCAUCUGUGAGUUCUCGCACGACAUCCAGGACCUGCAGCCUCGGCCACUUCACAAAAAGCGCGCUGAAGAAUGCCAUUACUUCCGGAAGGGCCAGUGCACACGCGGCACAGCGUGUCCGUUCGCACAUGGUCCGGAGGAGUUGGCAGAAAUUACGCGCAUUGUGAGCGACUUGAAGACGGAGAAGCGGUUCAUACGGCGCUGA